AUGCGUUUGCCAGACGUAUGACGCGUUGUUCCGCUGGUCGAAUUACCAGCAGGGUCUAGGUUACCUUCGUAGGACUUGGCAGAGACAUCGGGAGAGAUCUUCACGGACUGUUAUGCCUUGGUCCCUCGCACUGUCACUUUAUUUAAGCCGUUGAUUUCCCAUCCGAUGCAAAAAAUUAUUACCACUGGCGAUUGAUCAUUGAACGAAUUAUUUCUAUAUUUUUUUUGCAUAUCCUAAGCAUCUCCCUAUAUUACGUUCGUCUGUUUUCACUUUUGCGAAAUUGUCUGGUACAACUUCCACUGUUUAUUAGAGAAACCCAAUAUUUUAGAUUAGUAUUUUACAUUUCUUUUUCUCUUUUAUAUAUAUGUAGUACGUGGAUAAUAUCUCAGGAAAAGAUUUAAAGUUACAAAGUCAAUUUUCUUCUUCUGACGAGCCUUGGUUUUUUUUUCAGAUCUUCUCCCAAGCAUGUUUUACGCUUCCGUGAUGACCCACAAUGCAAACUCGGAUGAUUAUAUUUUAUUGCAUCGUAACACGAAGCAUUCUCAUCUCGUAAUAAGGCCACUUGUAACAUUUUCCCUUAACUUGCUACUUUGAGGAUAUUUUUGUUCAACAAAACGUCAACAUGGUUGGUUCAUUUCUUUGUCAAAUAGAUCCAGCGACGAGUUAAUGCUCGCGUAUCUUAUCUAUAGCCAUAUGUCGAACCGUAUAAUUUAGAUAGUUUGCCUCUGAAUAAGUAGCCAAAAGUGUCACGUCCCUUUUCCAUCUGAUUUAACGCUAUUGUUUUACACUGUUUAGUUUCGAUGGGACGUUGAUAUCGCUAAUUGUAAAGCAAACGUACUGACUCACAGCAGAAAACUAUAUACACGUGUAUGCUCCACCUAUUGUUCAACUCAAGGACAAGUCGACCCACCCUCGUGGUUACGUAAGAAAUAUUCCACCCUGUCUGUCGAGGGUCACUCCUAAUUGUUUCAAUCAAUUUAUUUAGAAUUGGUCGGUGCAACAUUUAUUUUUCACACGAAAUUUCAUUAGGACCCUGAGAAGAGAUUAUAUCAUGAUUAUAUUGCUGAAGUUUGAAAUGAAUCUGACGAUUCCCUCGCAAUUCAACGCACGCUCCUCAACUCAUCCAUUGCAAUCUCAGAUUUUGUGAAACUUUCUGGUUCCAGGUUCCUUAAAAUGGGAACGUUUUUAUAGUUUGCCUAUGGUAAGUGUAUGCCAAGUAUUUUCGUGAACUACCAAAAUACUUUAGGACAAAAAAGAGAAAAGAAAAAUUUUUACCAAAAUAACAAGUAUUAUUUGAUAUAAAUUUUUUUCCAGAUCUCCGGAUCGACUGACAUUCACGCGCAUUAUAAGUUGCGUUGCGUAUUUGUGCUCCAUGGUGAUUAG